AUUUACAGUUACGAUUUUUACUUUGCAAGGCAAAAAGUGUGACCUCUACCGCCAACCUGCCAUUAAGUUCUGCUGAUUGGGUACCGUACUCUACUCUACUGCAUGCUCGCUAGCUUGUACUGGAGUUGGACCGUCGGCCAGUUGUAUAGCGCAGAACACAGUGGAAAAGUUUUUGGGUGGCCAGUUCUGGCAUUACUUACUGUAUUCCCUGCCACUGACAAACAUUCUUGUAAAGCAAAAGCCGAUGAUCAGCAAUCUCUCAAACUCCCCCUUCACUGACUGCUACCGGACGGCGCGGAUACUUUCUGAAAUCUUGUAUGGGAUGAUCACAGUUCUCGAAGGGUGAUUGAUGUGGUCCUUUUCCCAUGACGCACGUUCUUAUCUAAGCAACUUUUCUCAGCAGGUACGUUCUGGUCAUGCAUGAAAGCAUCCUCGAUACAGGACUGAAUUGUGUUUCAGAUUGUAGAAGGCAGAAAGCUCUCUGGUAGAUAGAGCUCGUGACAGUGCAUUACAGAAAGUAUAGAAACUGCCCCCUUGUCAGCGACGAAUAUGCUUUAUGGCCAGGAAAACGAACCUUCGCGAUUCAGAUCCCCUAACAUACACAACAAUGUGAGCUCAUAACCGCCGAGUAUGUCAAGCAUAUGAUCUUGUCGGGCUCCGCGAGCUUCUGGCAAAGAGAGGAUGAGCAUGAUGCGGGUAGGAGCCAGGCAGUUGAGCCAGCGAUGGACCUCCACACCGAGCAGAAGCGGGAGCUGGUUUCCAGCAGAUGCCGCUAGCUUCUUCCAACCGCGAAAUUCUACGGCUUUAGAGAAUAUCGGUCAUUGCAAUCAUGCAUUCUUGGAUGCCCGAAGCAUGCCUGAGCAAAUUUACCAUUCACAGAUCCCCCGGCGGUCGAAGGCCAUCGACCGAUGAUGGCCGGUGCCACCGUUGAGCUAAGAUAACCCGAAGGUGUCUGAGCUGAACUCGACCAUUCUUGCAGCGCGGCCGCCCUGCGAACGUUUCGUGCAACGGGCGACGACAACGUAGGACUAGUAUUGCUCAAGCUGCCCGCUUUUCAGAGCGACUACCGUUCAACAGAAAGGCUCGGGACGGGGAAUCACGCUUCUUUCAUCGGGGUAAAGUGGACCUAUAAUAUCUUUCCCGCAGCGGGCGCUGUUUGGCCUGGGGAAGAUAGUAUCUAGAUCGAAACAUGCUUUGUUUCGGAGGCGGAUCCAUCGACGUUUCAGAGCCAGUUCCGCUUGAGGUGCAAGAAGUGUACGAGCCUCCGUGGCUGGCCUCUUUUCUAGACUCGGAGGAGUACCUGACAGACUGCCCGCUGAAUUGCUUCAACAAAGGCCAGCAGAUAGAAGGGAGGCCAGUGCGCGCUCACCGAAGGAGGUACUUCUGCAUCGAAUGCCCGGAAGAGGGUGCACAAUGUCUGGCCAGGAUCAUGGACCAGCACUUGAGGCACCGGGUGCUCAAGGUCCGCAAAGUGACGGGAGGAGGAGGCCCAGUGAUCAAAGCCCGGGACGUGGACCAGCUUGUAAACAUCUCGUUGGUGCAUCGCCUCUCGAACUCCACUGACGAAUUCUUGUACGUAAAGCUCACAAGCUUCAGGCAAUCGGUGUGGGGCACGAGCCCGCAGAAAAUCCUGUGCUACGAAUGCUUGCGGCUCGCGAGCAGUAAGGAGGAUCAGAUGUACAAAUACUGCUCCAUCAAAUGCGCUUAUCCUGGCGCUACUCCCAGCAACCAAGUGGGCGUCUCAAGGGCCUCGACGGGCCCCGCCGAGCAGCUGGGCUGCAUCAGCGGUGUCACCUCGGUGGCAAGCGAUAAUCUCCAGGCCAGGGCAUUGCUGAGGUCCAAGUCCUGCAGGGGGCCGUCCAUCUGCCGACACGAUCUACAAUUUUCCCAUCCCGGAGCUGCUGGUCCUUCGGGACGCCAGGAAGCGGCGGCCUCAUCGCCGGAUGUCCCUGCUUCGCCCGCGACCUCGGACACCUCGUCGUCGACGGCGUCCAGAGGCUGGCGCAGUCGCCUCUCGAGGUAUCUGAGCUUCAGCAGCUCCAAGAAACACAUACCUCAUAUGGAGAACCUUUCCCCCUCGACGAUUUCGAGUCAAGAGCGAAGAAGCAGUUCGGAUCGGUUUGAGAUCUCGCCGUGGAAAGAAUCGGUAGGGGUGGCCAGGAGGGAUGCGACGGAGUUGAGAUCUGAUUAUGAUCAGCACGGUCAAGCUUCUGGCCGGCCUCCUCGCCGGACGCUUCUCGAGAAACGACAGUCUCAAGCCAACGCAAAGGUGAACAGCAAGGGCAGUGCCAAAGUGGCCUCGAAUGACGGGCCCCGGGCGAGCCCGGUGGGUUCUGACCACUCGCUGCUGGUAAAAUCCAGAGCGAAUCUUGGAGCUACUCUUGCUCGACGGUUGAAUGACCAGAAUGUAAGAGGCGGUGCAGCCACUAAACUCUGCUGGAGAAGCCAAGACAGCGAUCCGUCCGAUGACGAUGACGGACUGCAAGAUCGCUGGGGAGCCGUUCGAGGCCGGGUUUUGAGCAGCCCCGCUUUGCCGUAUAUGAGGAUUAAGCUUGAGAAUGAGGCGAGACGAUCGUCGCUGGAACCCUCUCAAGCUUCCAGCACUGAGCCGGCUGCGCCGUAUACUAUGAACGCAUUUGUGGAUACAAAUUCUAAUUUCAGAUGUAGUCGGGCGCGAUUAGAAUAUGCUGUUUACACUGGACAUAGUGAAGACAACCCAGAUCGUGGUUUCGGACAAGCCAUUGACAAUCAUAAGACGCCGAAUUCAAGAGAUUACCAGAAUAUUUUACUGACGCGGAAAACUAAUCUCUUUGAGAUGCGAGAAGAAUGGAGAGCCGAGAACCCGAAAUGUGGACAGCUUCCGACAGGAAAUGUACAAACACAGCGGCAUUCUUCGAAAUGCAGAAGUUUAUCCGAAGGAGGCGAUGAUCUUGGAGAACAAAAUCUCUGAGUACAUGAGUUAUAUUGGCCUUUCUUCGCGGUUCAGAUAUUAGAAUUUCUAAUGUGUGCCGUCUGGUGUAGUCGGGACAACUAGUAAUAGCUACAACCGGAUCGUCUAUAGCAAAACCUUCGGAUGACUACACAAAUGAGUGUCCACGGUUGUGGCCAUCGCGCGCUUGAUCACCAUGCAAAAUACCAUGUGGGGAAAUGUGGAGAAAACGUUUACAACUGUCUCCAUCUGUUGUCAAUCCAAUGUACAUACCUAAAUAGUAAUCUCUUGGCGUCUUGCUCUGUAAGGAAAGUUUCUAAAAUUGUGUAGAUUAGAACUGUCUCCUGUGUGUUACGUGCGUAGGUUCGUUCCAUCCACGAGAAUUUCCACUGACACCACAGAUCUUUCAGAAUAACUAGUUCUUGAGAUUCGAAUUACAGUGACGCUAGUUGAUUUGAAGGCCAUUUUCUGGACAACAGUGCGAUCUGAUAAUAAGCGCCCGGUCUAGACAUCCUAAUGAGAGACUAAAGGAUUAGUCAACCAACAGCAGGAUGCACGGCGGCACACCUGUAUACCCUUGCACCGAAAAGAAGCAAGAUGCGUCCGUAGUACUUCCACAAAGUCGGUUAAAAGGUCCGAAUCAACCUCCGGCGAAGGCGGUAGAUACGGAGUGGAUGUUUUGGGUAGAAUACUGGUUGAUAAUUUUCAGUGAGCCUGUACGGUGAAGCCAUGCAAGGUAGAUUUCAGUCUUCUUUCGUGUGCAGUGCUUGAAGUGAAGCAGAGGGCAAUAACUAUCGUGAAUCUCUAUUCCUCUCUCGCGUGCGGUUUUUGCAUCGUGGAAAUUGUUUAUAUCAAAAAUCAUAUGAAGAUGAAAGAGCGUUUCC